UAGAGAGAGUCGUGACGUCACUUCCUGCUCUGCGCUGCAUGAUGGUGGUGUCCAUGACAGAUCUGGCACAUUGACUUCUGGAGGUGUUGCAGUUCAGUCUCUCCUUUAACCCACUCUGGGAGCGUUUAUCAAUAGAUGAGCUUAACCGAACUCCUCUGUUACUGAGUAUUAAAUGAGCUGAAUCGCAGGUAAACAGAUCAUGGCUCUCCACAGACUGUCCUUCAGACUACGACACACGAUUACACAUGCAAAGACCCUUCAUACCAGUGGAUGUGGGCAGCAGCAGGAGGCCGUGGCUGUAGAGUCAGAACCGGAGCCCUUCUCAGUAUUUAGAGCACAGGAGAAUGAUCCGGCAUGUCAGUCAGAGAAGCAUAUCGGACAGUAUUACACACUGCCCUCCGCACACACCCGCACUCUGUUCCCUCACAGCCUCCCUUGGCGCUAUCAACAACAGGUGAAGACGUUUAAUGAAGCCUGUAUGAUGGUGAGGCAGCCGGCUCUAGAGGUCAUCUCUUACCUGAAGAAAACAGACUACAGCAAACCUUCUCUGCGAUAUUUAUUUUAUGGGUUGAAGGGCAGUGGGAAGACGUUGUCUCUCUGUCACACAGUCCACUUCUGCUACACACAAGGAUGGCUGGUGCUGCAUGUUCCUGAUGCUCACCUCUGGGUGAAGAACUGCAAGGAGCUGCUGCCCUCAUCCUACAACACCUCUCGCUUUGAUCAGCCGUUACAAGCCACCGAAUGGUUACGCAACUUCAGAAUCACCAAUGAGCACUUCCUUUCAAAGAUAAAGACCAAACAGCGCUAUGUGUGGACAAAGAGAGAGUUAACUGAGGAGGGAAGUCCACUAGGAGAGCUGGUGGAUCAGGGUAUAUCUCGUGUGAAGAGCAGCAGCGAUGUGGUGGGGGCGGUGAUGAAGGAGCUGAGGCUGCAGAGCGGUCAGCCAGAGUCAGACUUCCGCCUGGCCGUGGCUGUGGAUGGUGUCAACGCUCUGUGGGGAAGAUCCACCAUCACGAAGGAGGAUAGGAGCGCUGUGGAUCCAGAGGAGCUCACUUUGGUUUAUAACCUGAAGAAGCUGAUGGCGGACAACUGGACUGGAGGCGCCAUCAUCACCAGUCUGUCUCAGACAGGGUCUCUCUACACUUCAAAAUCGUCCUACUUGCCUCAAGAGCUGCUGGGAGAGAGAGGGUUUGACUGUAUGGACCCGUUUAUCCCGGUGUCGGUGCCCAACUACAGCGAGAAGGAGUUUGAGAGCUGUUACCUCUACUUCACGGACCGCCGGUGGCUGCAGCAUCCACAGAGUCGAACAGAGGAAGGAAAGAAAGAAAUCAUCUUUUUGAGCAACAGAAAUCCAGCGAUGUUGGACAGAAUUUGUGCCUUCCUAUGAAGUCACAUAAAGACUUAAAUCACACUCACACAUAAAUAUCAGUGUCCUAGAAAUACAUAAAUAUACAAAUGUCCAUGUCUAUAAUAUCUGUAAAUUAUGACGCAUGUGUGUAACUUUGAUAAUAAAAUGUUGAAUAAAGUAAAAAAAAACAACUUAAA